AUCAUUCAUGGAGAACUACGACCACAUAGCAGUUUGCUUCCAACACACCUGGGUCAAAUAUCCAGCUGUUAGUCUACUUAAGACCUUGCUUCAGGUGUGUUAGAUUAGGGCUGAAACCAAAUUCCGUAAGACCUUAAGUAUCCUGGAGCAAGGGUCGAGAUCUGGACUGGGAUUUGGAACCACGCUUCCGAAUGGUAUUGCGUCUUUGAGUAACCUUUAUGCACCCUGUGGUUCUCUCAGUCCUAGUUCCUCCAGCCAGAACGCUUUGGCACCAUGUUCUACGGCUCCUCUUCAGCCAGCAUGUCACUGCCCUCAAAGAGCCGUCUGAAGCGUCAGAGCCGCACCAUCACGCAGGUCCUGUACCGGACUCUGAGCUACCGGGACCGCCGCUCGGUUACCGACCUGCCCGAGCAAGUGCGGGACGACCCAUCCGAGCUAUCCACGCAGACCUCAGCUCCGGGUGUGCUCAAGAUCUUCGGAGAUGAAAUCAGCGCCGGGGCUAACUACAAGAGCGUUUUGGCUACUCCACGUUCCAGCGCACAGGAGCUCAUAAAGGAGGCGCUGGAGCGCUACUCACUGAGCAAAGGUUCAGCCAGUAGCUACGUGUUAUGUGAUGUGAUCGGGCGGUUCGAGGGCACUGAGAGACGGUGGAGGACAGAGUGCUUGCGGGCCCUGGGCAGCAACGAGAAGCCUCUCCUCCUGCAAGAGCUGUGGAAGCCAAAGGAAGGAUUCGCACGGCGCUUCGAGCUCAGGCGGAGGGCUGAAGUGGAGGAGCUGGCAGCUAAAGAGAAAGACACGGUAACUGCAGGGCCUCACACACACUCCCCCGUGUUAACGUCCACCCUGAGUAAGGGGGGGCAUGGUAAAUGCCAGCGGAGUUCCCCCUGGGGCUGGCGUAUGGUACUGCCCAGCACUCCGAAUCAUAAAGAUAUAAACGCACAGGCACGGAAACUUCAACGGAACCGCGCUAAAGGAACGAUGACCCUGCAGCACGGCUCGUCCUUCUGCCGCAGCCUCAGUGAGACAAGUCUAAACCUAGUGGGCAUGACUGGGGAGGAACCGAAGCGCUACUCUACACUGCCCGGGUCAGGUCGAGCACGCUCAGACGCACGCAAAGAGGGAGGUGGAGUCAAGCAUUCCCUCUACCAAUCACCUCAUUUGCUGCUCCUGCAAGGAUAUAAUCGACAAGACUGCCUGGUUUACCUGCUAAACAAAGAACAGCACACGGUGGGUCAGGAGACGGCGAGCACGCGGCCAAACAUCUGUCUGUCAUCUCCGGACAUUCUCCCACUCCACUGCCGGAUACGUCGCCGACGCUCGCCUUCCUCGUCCUCCUCGUCCUCUUCCUCUUCUUCCUCGGCCUCAGACCAUCGGCUCUUACUGGAACCGGUCGGCCACGGCACUGUGCUGAUCAACUUCACUCGUAUCGAGCGUCCCACUCCUCUGCGUCAUGGCGACCUGCUGUCAUUCGGCACCCAUUACAUCUUCCUAUACAGAGACCCACUGAGCGCCAAGCCGCUACCAGGCCACACCCUGACCCACCUCCGCGCCCUCGGCGCCAAAAACGGGGAGGCGUGUCCGACAUGCGGUGCCGCCCCACGGGAGCAGGCGGGGUUUCGCCAAAGCUCCAAGAAUGCAAAGGGACCAAAGAAGAGGAAGCUGGUGCUGGAGUUUGAACGAGCCCAAGAGGACGCGCUGGUGAACCGGGUGCUCACGCUGAUCGAGCCGAGUGGCGAUGAUCACAAGCUCACUCCCGCAUAUCUGCUCUGCCUGUGCAUCCAACACUCAGCUCUUUCAUUCCCACCCGGCAGCUUCGGGAAACUGCUCCUCAAAAUCGCUAAGAAGAUCCAGAGCAUUGCACGGGAGAAGACAAAGGAAUUGGCACAGAAGCAAGCUCAGCAUCAGGAUCCAGCCUCCCUGUCACUGCUUAGCAUCUCUGACCUUGUGCCGGAUCUUCAGGUCAUUUUCUUUUGGAUGUCGAACGCCAUCGAGAUCCUGUACUUCAUUCAGCAGAAAUCGCCAACGUACAUGCAGAAUAUUGAAAUGAUGGACAACAAAGCUGGAUCUAAAGAGUCGCUUCUCUCGGCGACAAUAUCAGCCAGCGAAGAGGUGAUGACUAUUCUGGAGGAAGUUAUCAUGUACACUUUUCAGCAGUGUGUCUACUACAUUACAAAGUCCUUGUACGUGGUGUUGCCAGCCUUGCUGGACUGCAGCCCAUUUGGAGGCGAGUCGUCGUCGGAGGCAUGCCGGCGGGCGACGGGCGCACGGGCGUGCGUGUGCAGUGUGUGUGUCAUGCCCGAGGCCGUGCGUCGGGCUCUGUGUGUUUUUCAGACCACAGCUGAUCUCAUGCAGCAGUAUCAGGUCCAUGUCGAGAUCCAGAGCCAGAUGUUCGCCUACCUGUUCUUCUUCACCAAUGCCUCGCUCUUCAAUCUACUCAUCGAUAAAGGUCCUGUGAGGGGCUGGUUCCAGCGUUCCCGAGCAUUGCAGAUACAAGCAUGUUUGCGGAUGCUCCUAGACUGGGCGAAAGGAGCAGGCCGGGCUCAGGUCGCUCAGAAGUUUUUCGCCAAACUAUGCAGCGUGGUUACCAUCCUCAUCACACCUGCCUCACAGCUCUCACAGAUGAGUUGGAAAGUGUUGCGUGCGGAACAUCCGUCUCUGAAACCCGUCCAGCUUCACAGAAUCCUUACACAGUACCAGCUGACAGGCGAGGUGGGUUCUGUUCCAACCUGGCAACCAAGCUGCGAAGAUGAAGCCUACGUUUACAGAACAGUGGAUCUGUUGGAGAGCUUUGAUAACCACCCUCCCAUCGUGUUACCCAGCGCUGGGUUUAAGGUGGACCUGGAGAGCGAGUGUGUAGACGACAGCAUAUACAGACAGCUGCUUUACAUCCGCCACUUUCUGUGGGGCCUACGCACCAAGACCCAUGGCAGCGCAGACAGACCGGAAAUUCAGGUGUGUUUCCCUCACGUGUCUACGCCCAAAAAUGACGUAGUGAUAUGGAUACUUUUUUUUUUUUUUUUUUUUCGCCAGCAUGGAGAGGGAGAAGGAGAAGCGCGCGUUUCUUCUCUCGGAGGACGAGGAGAGGGCACAGGAGCCGAGGAAAGGCCGAGAGAACGAAUGCACGCACCACAUUACAGAAACGGAACAAGCGUCCGGCACGCUCCGGACUCGUCCUGCCUGCUUACUCCGCCUAACACACCUCUGUACCCAGAAUUCACACACAAUCCGUACGCGAAACACUCCCAGCAGGAGCGCGUCCCGGCCAACGGGUGUACACGCUCCACUCCUGAGCACAAGAAGAUCAACGGAUACAUCAGUAAUGGUACUGAAGGCCCUCUUAAUGGGUGUGGCUUUCCCUUCCCCAUCCCUCUGGCCCAGACGCUGGGCAAUAACUCUGACCCUGUGUGUUCCGUCUUUGUAGUGGACUUGGACAAAGGACCCUAUGGCCUCGGAAUGGGACUCAUCGACGGACUCCACACUCCUCUGAAUUCGGCGGGGAUCUACAUCCGCACACUGAUCCCUGACGGACCAGCCGCUUCGGAUGGACGGCUGCACAUCGGAGACCGGAUCCUGGCUGUAAAUGGGAAAAGCCUCAUCGGAGCCGACUACCAGAGUGCCGUGGAUCUGAUCAGACUGGGCGGAGGACGGCUUCGCUUUCUCGUGGCUAAGUCAGAGCCGGAAGUGUCGGAGAAGAUCAGUGCCUCUUCGUGCUGA